AUGUCUGCUAUAUACAAAGUGCUAUCAGGAAGAUCCACAAAGGCUGAGACCGAAAAGAAGUCACACAUCAACAGACAGAGAGUGCUUUUGAUCUCUUCAAGAGGUAUCACAUUUAGACACCGUUACUUGAUUAAUGAUUUAUACUCUUUAUUACCACAUGCUAGAAAAGAGCCAAAAUUAGAUGGUAAAAAACAACUAACACAGUUGAAUGAAAUUGCAGAACUAUACAACUGUAACAAUAUCUUAUAUUUUGAAGCCAGAAAACAUCAAGAUUUAUACUUGUGGUUAUCCAAACCUCCAAAUGGACCAACUAUCAAAUUCUUUGUUCAAAACAUUCAUAAUACUGAAGAAUUAAACUUCACUGGUAACUGUUUGAAAGGUUCUAGACCUGUUCUAUCAUUUGAUGCUUCAUUUGAUGAAUCAUCCCACUAUAAAUUGAUGAAGGAACUAUUCACACAUUCAUUUGGUGUUCCACCAGGUUCAAGAAAAAUUAAACCAUUUGUUGACCAUGUUAUGUCAUUCUCUAUUGUUGAUGGUAAAAUAUGGGUAAGAAACUACCAAAUUUUAGAACAAGCUGAAGAUGAUAAAAAUAGAGAUGAGCAAGAUGUUUCAUUAGUUGAAAUUGGUCCAAGAUUCGUCUUAACUCCAAUCUUAAUAUUAGAAGGCUCAUUUGGUGGUCCAAAGAUUUAUGAAAACAAACAAUACGUUAGUCCAAACUUUGUCAGAGCUCAAAUAAAACAAAAACAAGCUGAAGAAGCAAGAGCUAGACAUGAUGCUGGUGAAGCUUUGAAAGUCAAGAAGAGAGAUAAUGUUUUAGCUGUUGAUCCACUAUCUAACGAUGCGUUAUUCAAAGAUAAUUAA